ACGGAAGUGUCGAAUUGUGCAGAUAUUACUCACUAUCACGAGCUAAUUACCAAAUGUUGCUGUAAACUAACCAACUCUAAGGCUCCAUUUAUCAAACACUGAUUCGAUAUAUAUAUCUAUAAACUGGAAAACAACGAUUCCUUACCUAAUAAGUGCAGAAUCAUGGAGGCAGAUUGGGCAGUUUUGCCAGAGAUCGUCUUGGCCAAAGUGUUCAGCUACAUAUCCACAUCAGAUCGUGUGUACAUGCGAAAUGUCUGCACAUCAUGGCAAACAGCCUCUCUACGACCAGAAGCCUGGCAUUCCUUUACUUUCUCAGAGGAGGACUUUUUCAUGAAAGCUCUUGGCUUUGAUUACUUCAGCAGCAGAGUAGAGCAAUUGUCUGUAGACAAUGUGGAAGGAAAUGUUUUGAGAGAUGUCCUUAUAUCUGUUAUUAAAACGUCUGGGAAACAUUUCAAGGAUGUGAAGGUUUUCUAUAGAAGCCAGUCUUCCAAUCAGAUCAUGAAUACUCUAGCCGAGUAUUGUACCAAUAUCAACAAUUUAAAGGUUCAGAAAUUGAAAUCAAAUGUUCAGGUGGUAAGAAAUUUUGACAGUUCUUGUAAACAGGCAGUGCGAACAAUUAUUCAAAGAAAUAACAAACUGAAAACAUUAGAUUUGGGUGACAUUGAUGGCUACUCAAUAUUUCAGCAGAAAAAUACCUUACCAAUUGGUGCAGCACAUUCUGCAUGCCUUACAAAACUGUUUUUGAUCCAGUCAUUGCAAGACUGUAACCUUGGUGGUCUGAUGUACCUGGUUUGCCUUAAGGAGCUGGCUAUCGGCCCACACUUGCUCAGCUAUAGCCUGUUACACCACCUGGCUGGCCGCUCUCUCAGGGAUCUUCACAUUGUUGCCCUUGCCAAGCACAUGGAGUUCUACAAUGAGAACCUACAAGAUUGGCAGUGGGCGGAAAUCAAGAAACAGGGGCCACACCUCCGUGUUCACUGCCAUUUUGGUGUUGGCCAUGAGUGGACAGAAAAAGGGAUCAUUCUCAAAAAGGAAAUGCCUGUACAAACUUUGAUAUACUCAAAAUGGAGUUUGCUGGUUUUCCCAAACCUGCGAGGUCCUAUUUGUAAUUAUUCAGAAACACUUGUGGAAUUUAUUGACUUCAGUCUGUCAUUUAAAAGUUACGAAGUUUGUUCCACUUUGAAUUACAGAAUUUCAGUAAAUCAAAGCAUUUUUGAAAUUGUGUAUUAUUGUAAGCACUUGAGAGUUCUUGCGGUGAAAGAAAUUUUAUUAUCUGGAGUUAUUCUUGCAAUGUUCAUGAAAAACUGUCAUUUAGAUUUAUUGUUAAUGGAAAACCAGGUUGAGUACGGAUUUGCCCUUCACUCACAAGACUUGUAUUUUAAUGUGGAUGAGGUGAAUCACAUUGUAGACUCUUGCGAUACAAUCGAACAUUUUAAACAGGAGUAUGCCACUAUAACCGGAAAAGAAUGGAAAUUCUACCUCAAACAUGAAUUAUUAGAUCGUUUGUUUAAGUGUCAUCUAAAGUUUAUUUAAUCAUAUUUUAUUGCUUCCUUGUAAAUGGCUAUACAAAUGUAAAUGUAGUAUUGUGCAUCUAUAAAAUCAAUUUGUUACUGAAUUUAAUUGUUUUGUAGAUCAAUUGCAGUUUGGAAGUUUUAUCUUUGUUGAAAUUUAUGAAUAUUCUAUAUAUACAUAUAUACCAGUAUUUUUGGGGACUUUUAUAAAAUUUAUGAAUACCUCUCAAACCUUUGUGAAAUAACCUUUUUAUGUUUAUUAUAAAAACAAGUGCUUACUAUUUCUAAUAAAUAAUGUAUUGAAAUUAAGACUUUCAGAUUUUUUGUUAAACAUUAAAUUGACAAGUAUUCACGAUUUUAUUUUCAACCUGUAUCGUAAUCCACUCUCACUUGCCUAAUCAAAUUGAU